AUGUCAUUUUUUUGGAAAUCCAAACACAAUAAGCAAAAGAAGUUAUACCAUAGAAGAGAUAACUCGCUUAAUGUAUACCAUUAUUUGACAUUUGGCCGCAACAAAGAUGUGUCAGUGAUUGAGCCUUCAGACAAACAGUUCGUGUGUCGACAGAAGAAUAAAAAAAAACAAUUAACUGCAACUCUGAUUAGAAAUCAAUUUGAAUGUAUAUUCUAUGUGUUGGGAGAAGUAGUGGAGGAUUGCGAGCGUGUAUCAGUAACUGGACAUCAAGGUAUGGGUCCGCUGGGCAUCUCUGUAGCGCACGAUCAGCUCAACUCAUGGCAGAUAUUUGGUGUGGAGUUUGUGCUAACAUUUCUGGUUGUGUUCACAAUCUUCGCGACAUUGGAUCCAAACCGUAAAUCAUUAGGAAGUGAUUCGCUCUCCAUUGGCAUCGCAUAUCUUGUCUGCUCACUGACUGGGAGUGAAUAG